AUGGCAGAUCGACGUGCUUUACAAGCCGCGCUGCAGGAACGCUAUGGAAACCAAGACGCGCUCAGUAGCGCGACUUCCGCCGCCGAGGCAACGACGGUCGCGUCCGCACGAAAGAAACGCGAGCACAUGCGUCGAGCGGCUGUAGCCGCGCUGUCGAGUGUACCUUCAGAGGAUGAAGACGGUUACAUACCCCUGACGGGAUCGCGCCCGCAGCACACCCGUAGACACGAAUCACGUCUUCCACGUGAGGAGGAUGAGCUUGACAAUGGCGAAGACGAGCAUGCACAACACACAGCUGCGAGCGAACGCAUCGCUCUGGGUCCCAGUGCCGAACGACAGCGCAAGCUGGACCGGCGUCGCCACCUUCGUUCGUUUUUGGCGUCUGCAAAAAGCGGUGUAGAUGCGAAUGAUGCUAGUCGCAAUCGUAACACCAACAGCGAUGAUGUCGAUGACAUUGAGAUCAUCGUGCGCCGGCCACGAGCAACUGCCAAGUCAGUCCAGCCCUCUCCGGCACAGAUUCACGAGGAAGAUGCUUUUGCUAUGAGCGAAGAUGCUAUGUCGAUGUACAGGGGAGCUGAUGUAUGUGGUGCUUCCAAUGCCAUCAACGUAAUGAGCUCAUCUCGCGCUGCCAUGGAUGUUGACGAUAUGGACGAAGAUGAGAGUGAAGCACAAGAGGCGUGGGAACAGGCCCAGAUGCGCCGCGUGCAUGUGGCGCAUGAUGCACCUUCUGAAGGAUCACCGACAAAGUUUGAAGAGGCCCAUGUUCCGGCCGCUGUGCCUCUUGUAUCAGCACUGCCGACGCCAAAUUCAUGUAUGACACGCUUGGAGCAGCGUCUGGUGCAUUUAGAACAAAGCGCAGCGGACCACCAGCAGCAUGCCGAAGACACUCAAACUACGUUGCGAACAUUGGCCGAGGAAGAAUCGACAUUGAAAGUGGAGGCAGACGCUCUCGAACGAAAAGCUGCUUGGUUCACGGAUAUGAAGAAGUAUGUCGAUGCUUUGGCAGGUUUCUUAGAUACGAAAAUGCCCAUGCUCGAGACACUUGAGCACAAUGCACUUGCGUUGCUUGUUGACCGCUGCCUUACGCGGCAACGAGCACGCGCUCUAGCAUGGGAAGACGAUAUUGCUUUGGUGCAUGGUGCCUCUGGUGCUUCGCUAUGGAUCGCUCGACCAGGAACAUCGGAAGAGUUGCGUCGGCUUGAUUCUGACGGCGCUUGGAAUAGUGCCAUCCGUGCGGACCGGCGCAGACGUAUACAAGAAGGCGUCACGGAUUCGAGUGCACAAUGGCUGGACGAUGAUGAAAAAGCACAUUUCAACGACGGUCACCAACAACUGUGUCUCGAGCAUGAACAAGUCAUGAAAGACGUCCAAGCACUGGCAUUCCGUGCUCCAGAUGCGUGUGUACCGGACUCGAUGGUGUCGCGCUUCGAUGUAUGGCGUAAGACCUUCCCAGACGAAUACCACAUGGCAUGGGGCGGCUUGGCACUCGCAAAUGCAUGGGAAUUUUAUGCUCGGUAUGAGCUGGUAUUGUGGGAUGCAUUGUGGUGCCCGACGACGAGUGCGGGUGACGUGUGCCUGGGCGGAUCGCCCGAGGGGAUCCCAGGCUUUGCAUGGGAGCAAGCCGUGUCAAAAUAUGUGGAAGCAGGGCAUGCAGGAAGCGCAAAUCACUGCGAUAAAGGACAAACGGUUCAAGGUGUCAGCAGCAGUGGUACUGGAGGAGAUGACGAAAUCACAUCGACACUUGUGGCCAAGACCGUAGUGCCAAAACUCAUGGCAUUGGCUCAGAACGGUGCAUAUGAUCCGUUUAGUGCGGCAGAGACACAAGCUGCUCUGGACGUCAUCGAGCAAGUCUCAUACGUAUUGGAGCCGACGCACUGGCAGUUCCAAGCCCUGGUCCAGGCUUUUCGGAAUGCGGUGACGCCACACGUGCAUGUUUUGGCGAAUGCGUUGCGUGCCACUCCUACGUUCGCUGGUGCGCCGAUGCAUCCUGAUGGACCGCCAGCACGGAUACGGCUAGUCAAAGCCAUCACGACCCUCACAUGCCACAUCUUCCGCUGGUCAACCUACUGGGUAGGACCGCAUGCUCUUCCCUGGAAUGACGCCAGUGAAGUGGCGGAGAUGGAGGCAUUAGCAACCGAAGCUGUCACCUGUGCUUGGAGCCAAAUAGAGCAAGCAGCGGCACUGCAGCCCGUGGCCGACAUCGCCCAAACCCUGCUGCAUGUAUGGCCCACCACAGUGGCGAUCGAUCUGCGACAUGCAUGUGAGGCAUACGUACAGACCGUUCGUCGGUAA